AACACAUUACAUUAUUCUAUGAGGCUUUUGAGUGAUAUGAAAUUGAAAUCGAAAUUUUAGGUUAUUUCUGGAUUUGAGUGUCGCAGACACCAGAGAAUGUGGCAGGUGACUGGGACGUGAAAUCUUGCUGUAGCCGAGGCCUGGCCGAGUAUUAUGCUUUUCGCCGCAGUCAGACUAAUACUUGCUGUAAUCUUCCUGGUCUUCGUGGCGGUGAAGGCAGUGCAAUGGUGGAACGCCCGAAGAUCCGGCCGAAGUGAAAAUUUACCCCUUGAGGACGAGGUUCAACAACCUCUCCAAGAAUUCCAAGCGCGCGAUGCUGCAGCUAAUUGUGGAGAGUUGAGGGGACCAGACUCUAGGACAAACGGAAGCGUGUAUUCGAAAGGGUACUCCCGUGUUCAGCCGCAUGAGAAUGCUCAGAAAAGUACCGAAGGAAGUGCGGUUGCGGAGACGAGUGCAGCGAUAACCGGAGAAGGUAGAGAUAGUAAUAAACAAGACAAGUUGGUCAAUCAGACACCCGAGGAGCCUGAAGCUCAAGCCAGUGACGGAAAAAGAGGAUCCGUCAGUUUCGUGUACACAGCUGAAGUGAGCGGAUAUCGACUGACGGUGCUUAGCAUGCCCUUCGAUGGUAACUCGCUGUUUUCUGCACUCGCUCAUCAGAUUUACCAAGUUAAACCCGGACAGCCAAAGAUGGCGAGGAUUGUUAAAACACUACGCUCAGACGCCGUCAGUCAACUCAGGAAAAAUAAGCAUAAGUACUGGAAUGAGAUAUCGUCAGACCUUGACGGUCUCCAGAAUAGGUACGGCGACGAGCCGGUGGACGAGGCCAUGGUGGGAGACUACCUGUGCGACCUGGAGCAGGACGGCUUCCCCGCCGGGGUCGCCGCCAUGCAGGCCCUGGCAGACUUCAGGAGCUUCCACAUCCGCCUCUACGCGGCGGACGCCGGCGAGGGGUGCAUCCUCAGCGAGCGGCCGCACGGAAACUCCCCCACCAGAACCGUGCUCUUGCAGAAGUUCGUGAACCCGGACGGCGACGAGGAAUACCACUUCGACAGCGUCGUCGACAUCGCGCCCCUGGACGACCACUGAAGAACCAGUGGCAAGAAACCUAUAACGAAACUUCCUUUGUACAGCCAAAAAAGAAACUAUUUUAACUCACAAAGGAGAAAAACCAAUGGAUGAAGAGCAACUGUAAACAUUCGAAUAAAAAUUAAUUAAUCAAGGUGA